AUGGUGGCAAGUGGCCCUGUCGUGACUACUCCAAUAAGUGAAAAACCAUUGAAUUCUCCAAUGUCACCUAAUAGUGCAUCAUCCAGUGAUACUAAUUUUGCUGAUGUUUAUGAAGCUAUUUAUCCAUAUGAAGCAACUGAUCCAGGUGAUCUAUCAUUUAAUGCUCGUGACCGUAUUAUUGUAUUAAAACGUGAAGGUGAUUGGUGGACAGGAAAAAUUGGUGAUCGUAUUGGAACAUUUCCAAAUAAUUAUGUUCAAAAAGUUGAAACUCCACUACUAGAAACAGCUAUUGCAAUAGCACCUUUUCAAACGAAAGAUGAAGGUCGUUUAUCAUUUGAUGUAGGUCAAUUGAUUUAUAUAAGAAAAAAAGGUGAUAAAGGAUGGUAUCAAGGAGAAAUUCGAUCUUCUGAUCAACCUAUACGUGUUGGAUGGUUUCCGGCGAAUUGUGUACAAAUGCAAACACUUUCUACACCUGCACCACCGACUGCUUUGUACCUCAAUGCAUCAGAAUUGCCUCGAUAUAUUGCUCUUUUUGCAUAUGAUGCUCAACAAGAUGAUGAAUUAAGUUUUCCAGCUGAUGCAAUUUUAGAAAUAUUAGAUCAAACAGGUUCUAGCGGUUGGUUUAAAGCUCAAUAUGGUAAUCAAAUUGGUUUGAUUCCAUCGACGUAUGUCAAAUCAAUCGAUGAACAUACUGCAUCUUCAUCUACACAAUCUCGUCUUCUUCCAUCUACACCUACUACAACUAAUUCAUCUCAACAUCUAGUUACUAAUGAUUCGACAAUAAAAACAAUAUCAAAUGAUAGUGAUACAUCAUCAAAAAAUUUACUAAAUAACCCAUUAAGAACAUCUGCUAUUCGGGAAUUAAUUGAAACUGAACAACGUUAUAUUGAUGAUUUAUUAAUUGUUACUAAUCAAUUUAUUGAACCAUUACAUAAUGUUCGAGUUUUAAAUGAUUAUGAAACUGAACAGCUAUUUGUUAAUUGGUAUAGUUUAAUUACUCUUAAUAGUAGUCUUCUAAAAGAAUUACACGAACAAGUAGAUUAUAAAGAAGAUAUGCCUUCAAUAGAAAAUGGAAUGAUUAUGCUAGCACCUCGAUCAGCAUCUCUAUCAAAUAUUGCAUUAGCUGCUCAGUUACCUUCGAAAAGUGUUAUCGAUAAUCGUCAUCGUUCAUUUACUCCUGAUGCUUCUAAUUCUCCACCUAUUCGUCGGUUAAAAAAUCGUAGUGGAACUCAUCACCGUUCACCAUCAAUUAGUACUAUAGCAACUAAACCAAAUAUUGAAUAUAUGAAUGAUAAUAUUGUUUCUCCACCUCCUCUAUUAUCACCAGGAUCAAUGACAAUAACAGAAUCAACAAAAAUAGGUGAAAUACUUUGUUCUCAUUUACCAAAUAUGGCAAAUGAUUAUUUUCAAUAUUGUAAUUCUCAUUCUCAAGCAAAUAAAUCUUUACAAAUAAAAAUCGAUUCCAAUGAACAUUUUCGUUCACAUGUAAAAAUUUUUCAAGAUAAAACCGGUGGUUUAUCAUUAAAUGGUUUUUUAACAAAACCAAUUCAACGUGUUACACGUUAUCCAUUAUUAAUUGAAAAAGUUCUUAAACAUACAUUAAUAAAUCAUCCAGAUUAUGAACCAUUAAAACAAGCACUUGAUUGUGCACGUCAAUUAAAUGAAAGAAUUAAUCAACAAAUAAGUGAUCAAGAAAGUAGUUCACGUUUAGAAUGGUUACAACAACAUUUAAUAUUUGGUAGUGAGGAAAAUUCUUCUGAUGGUUAUGUAUUAGAUGAAUUAGUGAAAUUUAAUUCUAUAAAUAAAUAUAAUAUACAAAGAAAAUUACUAUUACAUGGUUUAGUAAUGAAGGUUAGAUAUAAAAAAAAAACACAUAAAGAAACUUUCUCUUUAUAAAUGACCUAAUAGUAAAAACAAUAUACUACAUUUCUCUGAUACUUGAUCAUUCUUUAACUAAUAGUAUAAUAAUAAAAUAUCCAUGAGAACUGUUUGUUAUAAGAUUUAACGAUCAUAUUAGAUCAUAUUUUGUCUUUGAUGUGUCUCUUAGAAUGCUUCUUCUCACAGCAAACAAAUUGCUUCAAUCUGAUUUCCUUCGUAACAACAUUAUCUGCUGAUUUUUAUUUCACUUUCUGUCGCACAAAGUCGAGCAUUUAGAAGUGACCAGUCUUCCUCUCAAUCGAGAAUCGUACUUACGAUGGAAGUUCUCCAACUGAUUAAUUGCUGUGGGAAUAUGAACAAUGUAAAAGACAUAGUUUAUCAUAACUGUAUCUUUAGGUAGGAAUAACGACAUGAUCCAAAACUAUUCUCGUUAAUAACUGUCUGUGCAAAGUUUCAAUUCGACAUUAAGAAAUCACUUUUCUUGAUGUUUCCAAGAGGAACUAUGACAUUCAUUUAAAAACUACCCAGGUUGAAAAAUCUGACA